ACUUUCCCUCCGUUAGGUAAAAGGAAGGCAGUCCAAGUGAAACGAAGCCUUCUUUUCCCAUACCCUCAACCCUUCUCUCUAUCCUAUUUCAGGCGAUAUUUGCUUCUCCUUGCUCGUUUUUUGCCCUUUGUAAUCUCCCUCCCUCGCCUUCUCUCUCCGGGAUAUAGAAUCGAUUACUAUGCUGCGGAGGUUCGUGGACAACGUUCUUGCCGUCACGAAGGAAUCAGUGAAGACAUUCACUUAUGAAUCUUUGAACAAUAUUGCGAGGCUGAUUAAUGGAUGUUCAGCACUUGUAUUGACCAUUCUGCCAGGGAAUACUAGCAUUUUAGAAGGCCUCCAUGGCUGGGAGCUGAGACCCACUCUUCGCGGACCUCGACUUCCUCGUUGGAUGGAAAAUGGGGUUUCUUCUUUCAACGAAUUCAUCCAUGAACUUUCUGUGGAUGCUGAAACUUCCUCAACAGUAGAUUCUAUAUCCGGGGAAGAAGAUAAUGAGGAAAGUAUGUUUCCUGCCUCUCCUAUGUCUCAAUCUUCACGCUUAUCCCAUACAAGCAGUCUCAGCAGAUAUGAUCGACGUGUACUACGUGUUAUCAAGUGCCUGCUUUCCUGGAUUUUGUGGCCUGCAACAUUUCUUCUUAAGGUACCACUUAUCCUAUUUGAAUCAGCUGGUGUAUGGAGAGUUGGAACAUUCCCUAAAAAUAGCCCAAAAGGCCACCAGUCAUCAUGUUCUCAUCUUACCAAGAAGUCAGUUCAACUUAAGGACCAUGUUGUUCAGCGUGCCACUGACCGGAGACGUGGAGUUGUUGAGGAUCUCCAGCUAGCUAUCGAGAUAUUUAUUGAAUCAGUUUUUGACAUUUUUCACAAGGCAGCACAUUUUAUUCUUUCACCUUCUGAAGUGCGCCAAAGAUUAUUUGGAUGGUUUUCAUCCCAUGAAAGUAGUGGAAGGGAUAAUUAUGAUAGUGACACAGAUGUACCUGUUCAAACUGCUACUCUUGGUGAUGCUGAUCCAACUCCAACUGAAAGGCAGACUACAUUUCAUCAGUCUCUAAAUACGGAUGCUCGAACUUGUCAGGAUGUCAUAUCAGAACUUGGGUAUCCUUAUGAGGCUAUCCGGGUGGUUACGUCUGAUGGAUAUGUGCUACUUCUGGAGAGAAUUCCGAGGCGUGAUUCACGGAAGGUUGUCUAUCUGCAACAUGGAGUAUUAGAUACAUCUAUGGGUUGGGUGUCUAAUGGUGUUGUUGGUUCUCCUGCAUUUGCGGCUUUUGAUCAAGGUUAUGACGUAUUUCUAGGGAACUUACGUGGUUUGGUUUCAAGGGAGCACGUGGACAAGAAUAUUUCCUCACGCAAGUACUGGAGAUAUUCCAUCAAUGAGCAUGGGACACAAGAUGUACCUGCAAUGAUAGAAAAGAUACAUGAAAUAAAAACGUCCGAGUUAAACAUAAUCUGCAAAUCUGAUUCAGAAGAUGAAGUCUGUGAUCAGCCCUAUAAACUUUGUGCAGUAUGCCACAGCCUGGGAGGAGCAGUGAUGCUGAUGUAUCUCAUAACACGUAGGAUCGAAGCAAAGCCUCAUAGGCUGUCAAGGUUGAUCUUGUUAUCUCCUGCAGGCUUCCAUGAGGACUCUGCAAUAGCAUUUACCUUAAUAGAGAGACUCCUCCUUGUGAUUGGUCCAGUGCUUGCUCCAAUUGUGCCCGCACUGUAUAUACCUACCAGAUUCUUUCGGAUGCUUCUAAACAAGUUAGCCAGAGACUUCCACAACUACCCUGCCUUGGGAGGUCUUGUUCAGACUCUCAUGGGCUAUGUUGUAGGGGGCGACAGCUCAAAUUGGAUAGGGGUGAUAGGGUUGCCUCAUUAUAACAUGUAUGACAUGCCUGGAGUAUCGCUUCAUGUGGCCCUUCACCUUGCACAGAUAAAGCAUGCAAGAAAGUUCAUAAUGUAUGAUUAUGGAAGUGCAUCUGCCAACAUGGAAGCAUAUGGAACAGCAGAGCCGUUGGACUUGGGGGAGUAUUACAACCUUAUUGACGUGCCUGUUGAUCUCGUAGCAGGGCGGAAGGAUAAAGUUAUUCGGCCUUCUAUGGUGAGGAAGCACUACAGGAUGAUGAGAAGGGCAGGUGUGGAGGUCUCGUACAAUGAGUUUGAAUAUGCUCAUUUGGACUUCACAUUUUCACACAGGGUGGAGCUUCUGGCUUAUGUCAUGUCCCGUCUACUUCAGGUUCUGCCUCCGAAACAGCACCAAGGCAAGCAGACGACGGUCAGAAUCAGAAAACUAAACAAGGCCAGGUUAAACAACAGUGGGGACGAUGCAGAGAGUAUACAAAUAGAUGAAAUUAAGCCUUCAGCCGAAUGAUGUUCCGUAGUUGCCUUUGAUGUUUGAAUAGCUCUUGUAACUUCACUAUCAGUAUAGUUUGAAGCUCAAAGUAUACGGUAAUGUUAGUGAUGUGAGUGUAGGAAGGGGAUUAUUUUUGCACCCCUUGUUGGCCAUACAGAGUGGUGAGCUAAAGCAGGCAAGUCAUUGUACUAUUAUCUUAGUAGCUAUCGACAUCUGCAUUUGAAACUAAUACCUCCAUCCAGUGUGUGUGGUUGCUGGUGGAUUGAUGUCUUGAGUAAUGUCUUCUUCUGUAGUCUCGGAACAUUGACUGGUAGUCAUAGCAUUUCUCUUGAAA